UGCGGUUUGCGCAUCGCAACUCCCCAAAGAGGCAAGUCCAUAUUUGUCGAGGUGAUGCACUGAGCAGCAGGCAUUUCUGGAGUAGCUAUAUUUAGAUUCUGCAACUUUUUUUCUGCUCCCUUCCUGAUUGAUCAUUUUGGAGAAGUUAUAUUUCCCUAUAGGAAUGUACCACGUGUCCGCAUAGCACUUCUUGAGACGAAUCAUUGAUAAACAGAAGCCAGUUAAGAACCCUGUUGAGUUGCUGGCAGCUCCGAUGUGGUGCAGCUGCAACACACUCGACGUAAAACCGCUGGAUAGGAACCGACAGCAGGGUACACACAUCCAAAUAUGCGCGUAACUGGAGUGCUCUGGCGAGGCCACCCUUGCACCCCUAUCCGGAUAACAUUGUCGUGAUGUUCAAUAUUUCGGGGAUUGAGCCCACUUUUAACAAGAAGGAAGACAAUUCCGAAGUUAUCAAUGGCUCUCUGCAGCUUCUCCUCGUCACCAUCAGCCCCACAGCCAUGUGGAACGAGUCGUGCGGGGAGCAGCUUCUGGAUUUCACUCGCCCGGAGAAGAUCGUUAUCGGGGUGAUGCUGGCGAUCAUCACGGCGGUCACAGUGAUGGGAAACACGCUGGUGGUGAUCGCGGUGUGCGUGGUGAAGAAACUGAGACAGCCUUCAAACUAUCUGCUGGUGUCUUUGGCGGUGGCUGACCUGUCAGUGGCCAUAGUAGUCAUGCCGUUCGUGAUCGUGACAGAUCUCACUGGGGGCAAGUGGCUUUUUGGGGAAGUGUUCUGCAACAUCUUCAUCGGCAUGGAUGUAAUGUGCUGCACUGCCUCCAUCAUGACCCUGUGUGUGAUCAGCGUGGAUAGGUAUCUGGGGAUCACACGACCUCUCACCUACCCAGCCCGGCAGAACGGUCAGCUGAUGGCCAAGAUGAUCCUGGGAGUCUGGCUGGUGUCAGCAUCCAUCACACUGCCGCCUUUCUGUGGCUGGGCCAAAAACGUCCACACAGCCGGUGUGUGCCUCAUUAGCCAAGACUUUGGCUACACCAUCUAUUCCACAGCUGUGGCCUUUUAUAUCCCUAUGCUGGUCAUGCUGGUCAUGUACUACAAGAUCUUCAGGGCAGCUCGCAAGAGCGGCGCCAAGCACCGCUUCACCGACCUUUCACGACGCGAGCGUCUCGAAACAGUGGCUAACGAGGCUCUCCGAAUGCAGGGCCUGAAGCCGCCCGGCGUGGCAGAGGAGUGUGCCGCAUUGUCCCGCCUGCUGACCCGCGAGCGCAGAAACAUCUCCAUCUUCAAGCGGGAACAAAAAGCGGCCACGACACUGGGGGUGAUUGUGGGCGUCUUCGCCGUGUGCUGGCUGCCCUUCUUUAUCCUGUCCACCGCCAGGCCCUUUAUCUGCGGAGUGGAAUGUAGCUGUGUGCCCAUCUGGCUGGAGCGCACGCUCCUGUGGCUAGGUUACGCCAACUCCUUAAUGAAUCCCUUCAUCUACGCCUUCUUCAAUCGAGACCUGCGCUCCACUUAUCGUGACCUUCUCCGGUGUCGCUAUCGCAACAUCAACCGUCGGCUUUCCGCCGUGGGUGUACACGAAGCUCUCAAAGUGUAAGGCCGAAUGGUUAAAGUCGCUGCUCUUGGACACUCGGUGCUUAAAGGGCGACACAUAAACAGCCGGCCUGCAGACAGACACGGCCUAACGGGAUAAAAGUCAGUGUUAGUGGCUCGCUGCAGACAGCACAAUCACUUCAGUGUGUGAGUCAGUCAUUCUAUUUUUGGAAAGAAAAUCACAGAGCGUACUUGAUGGACUAUUCAAGUCGACACUGCUUUUGUGCAUAUGCCACAAUUCCAUCCUGUUCCAGAUUUAUGAUGGAAUAAUGCCGUAACAAAGGAAAUGACAUAUAAACACAAUCAAUCAUUCUAGGGCUUUCAAAGAGACCAUAAGGCAAGCAGAUUUCUGUAUAUUUACAAAAUUGAUGUUUGAUAACAAAUAACGUUUGUUUCGUGGCUUUCUGAGCAUCUCCCUCUCAUCGUGUAUCCACGCAAAUCCCCGAUGAUUAUUUUUCAAACGGGAGGUAAACACUUUGAGGCGUAUUACAGGACUGAAACUUAUAUCACGCCAUCUAAAGUCAGAGCCUUCAAGCUGGUCCUCCGACUGAAUUUAUUUUGAGCACCCUAGAUGUCACCCAGUUGUUUAAAAUCUGGUGAUUCUAAGUAGAACAAAGUGGGGUGGAAAAUGCUGAUUUAACACAACAUAGUGAGAACUUCUCAGUGUUUGAAGGUAGUUUGUUUUGUGUCUGCAUGAAACACAUUUUUCUUACAUGCCACUGUAUACAUUAAUCAAAACAGAAGUGGUGGCAGCGGUGUUUCAUGGGUAACCCAGACACUGCAUCGCACAGAAACCAUGAUACUGUGGAGCUUUUCACUUUUCUCCAGGCAACUAAACGUUUCCACUUUAAUAAUUAGAAUUUCCACAUUCUUAAGACUCGUUUUCCUCACUGGUUGUUGACAGUGUUUUUAUCUCUCUUUUCAAUCAGGAUGUGUGCCCCCCCCAGUUCAGUACAUUUCCUUUUUAUCUCCUCAGUGACUUGUACGAACCCAUGUCCGAUAUCAUCAGUCGAGCAGUGUGUGCUUAUUUUCUACCUCGAUUUUUUGAAAUGCUCUACAUUUCCUCCCCCCAAAAAAGGUGUACUGCUGUAUCAUUUUGUAUCGAAAUGCUAUUUUUUAUUGUGUGAAGUCAAUCUGUCUACAGCUGUGUGCGAGCGCUUUGAGUGACCACUCUGUUAUUACCUUGAGAAAGAAGUUGGGGAAAGCGGUAAAAGUAUUUCAUCACUUUGUAAAUAAAGAAACACCAAAAAUGUCACUGUGGCCUAGAUUAGUGUGAAAGCCAUUCGUGCAAAGUCAGUGAAGUUCUUGUUCUUUGGACUGAGAUUGCAGUGAUUUAGGAGACAAUCAACAUGGGUCUUCUUGCUUUCUAGCCCCCACGGAGCAUCCUCAAAUGCCUGAUGCACCCAGUAUGUCAUGCAUAGAAAUAAAGACCAACCUUUAAGCCCA